CCUGGGGGUUACAGGAAGUUGUAGCUGCCAUGUUUAGCUGCUUUGUUGUAGAUCCCUUGUAGGUUUCCUGCAGAUUUUAGCCUAAGUGUUGCAAUGGAACCGAGCUGGAGUACGUUUUUAUUCCAACAAGCCAAUGAGGCUCUGCAUCACCAGCACCAAGUAGCCGGGAACAGCCUCUUGCCUUUGCUCAGUUCUGGAACGGAACCACCUGAUCAGAAACCGGUGCUGCCCAUUCCCUUGGACCAGAAACCCCCUGUCAGUGCUGCAGAACUUCUUAAAGACAAUGUGGCUAGUGGGACUGGGGGCGUAGGUGGUGGGGGGCCUCCAUUGACCGUGGUCAAAAAGGAGCCUAAAUCAAAGACGCCCUUCAUCUGUGGCUACUGCAACAAGGCUUUCCGGGACAGCUACCACCUCCGGCGGCACGAGUCUUGCCACACUGGCAUUAAGAUGGUUUCGCGGCCGAAGAAGACACAAUCAGCCCCCACCAUGGUACCGCUCAUAUCCACUGUACCACGUGAGAAUAGCGGAAACCCUUCAUACAUUACUACUGUAGCUGGUAUCCUGACUACAGCCACCACGUCCACAUCCACAGGCACCAGCAUCAUGACCCCAAUGCAACACCACCACCAGCAGCAGCAGAGCAUCCCUAAGAAACCCCCCAAACCAGUGAAAAAGAAUCACGGUUGUGACAUGUGUGGUAAGGCCUUCAGAGAUGUGUACCACCUCAACCGCCACAAGCUGUCGCACUCUGAUGAGAAGCCGUUUGAGUGUCCCAUCUGCCAGCAGAGGUUUAAGAGGAAGGAUCGCAUGACAUACCAUGUCCGCUCCCAUGAUGGGGGAGUUCACAAGCCUUACAUCUGCUCUGUCUGUGGGAAGGGCUUCUCCAGACCUGAUCACCUAAGCUGUCAUGUCAAGCAUGUCCAUUCCUCAGAGAGGCCAUUCAAGUGCCAAGUAACGGCCUGUACCUCCGCCUUCGCUACCAAAGACCGUCUGCGCUCCCACAUGAUCAGGCAUGAAGGCAAAGUGACCUGCAACAUCUGUGGCAAAAUGCUAAGCGCUGCCUACAUCACAAGUCAUCUCAAGACGCAUGGCCAGGCCAGCUUCAGCAACCCAUGUAACAAUAAAGGCAUAAGUGACUGGCAGUGGAACCACUCAGGGCCACGAAAAGGUGAGUUGACGGUAGGAGAGAUUUUAAAUAACUCCUUCCAAGUCCUAAUUGACAACUCUCACAAAGAUGCCAACACUGUGCACAACAACUCGGCCAGCACAACGCCGGUCACUAACUCGACAGCAAUAACCUCGGCCAUGAACCGCGGUGGCAUUGGCAGCCAUCCCGUCACCAUCGCUGCUCAGAUGAACAUCGGCACCAGCACAGUCAACAUCACGUCACAAGUCAACCUGCAGCACCCGGUCACCAUCACGGGCCCUGUGAACCUGGCCUCCAUCAACAUCCCUACAACGGCACACAUGAAUAUCGCCCACCCGGUGGCCAUCACCACUCCCAUGUCCAUGAAUAUCACCGGGCCACUCAACAUUUCCAUGAGGCCCAUGGAGAGCAUGCCUUUUCUAUCCCAAGUUCUGCCUUCGUCCCCUCCUUGGUAGAGCUUCUUUUAGUCUGUGUAAGAGCUGAUCAUGUUUUAACUGCCUAAUAAUGGACGAGCCUCUCACAUCUUGACGGGUUGAUAGUGUGUUAAACCUGAAAAGGUGACAACUAAUGUUAUUCAGCCACAUAGGUAGUAACCAAUGAUUGUUACUUGCAGAAGUGAUUAUUACUGCAUAAUUUGUCCAUUUAUCAUUUUGUUUGUAUUUAUAGGAGAAAACGUAUUUCCAAUAUCCGUAAUCAUGAUAGGAAAAUAAUAGUUUAGAGUGCUUACAGUCACUCAUUGCAGAGUAUUAGCCAACAUAGUGAAGGGGGAUGAAGUUCUGAGUCCAUCAGAUGAAUGGUGUUUUUAGGGAUAGGCCACAUGGAAACACCUGUCUAUCAUAGUAUGAGUUUGAUUUGAUCUUAUUUUAGAUAUUGUAAUAUAGGACAUUUCUAGAAAUGUAAUAGAGAACGGUUUUAUUGAUACUAGAUGGGACUUUCUGUUCUUGGCUAACCCAGUGAAUUAAUUACUUGACAAAUCAAGGUACUUCAUCACAUUGAUGCAAAAAUUCUGUAAAUCAAAUAUAUCCAUAAAGCCGUCCUGCUCAAAGAUUUGCGACAUUGCGACACUGGCCUAAUAUACCAAAAUGGAGAAAGAUACCUCAGUGUGAACAGUUAGGCCACAUUUCUGUUCCUCUGUAAGUAUACUCCUUACUGCUCAACCCUAGUCCACGGGGUUUCUCACUGCCCUAGCUCGUUGGGUUGGUCAAGUUUUUCUCCUUCCUACUAGUUGGGUUCCUGAGGGCCAUGUCACUCUCAAAUACGAACAGAAAAACUGGUUUUAUUUUUUCUCUGCUUCCAACCACAUUUCAGUCUUCAUCAGGUCAGAGCUGUGAAAGGGGGAUCUAAGUAUGAAACUCCAGUCAUGUGAUAACAGGAGAUCUUAUGGGGGGGGGGGGGGGGUCUGUUCACAGGUCUUUAGUGCCACAUGUGAGUGGCCUCCAUCUCCACCGGCUGAUAAAGACCAUGAUGAUAGGUGAAAGCUCUGAAAAAGCAAGCCAAUGGUCCUGAGGUCCAGAUUACUUCUUCAAGGUGAAGAGUAGUAACUCUUGGAUAAACAACAUUUAGUGCAGAUAUUCCGUGUAUAUAAUAUUUUAUGCCAAAGAUUUUCUAAGUAUCGUGUUUUCCCCUAAAUGCUAUAUUUUAAAAGAUAAAGGGAAAACCUUUGAAAGGUAUUUGGACCAUCAUAGGACACUUCAAUUCUCCUUUUGGAAACCCAGAGUAAUAAAAUUGGCGCCUCGGGGCUGCCUGCCUGACUAACAAAACCCAUGCCAUUAUUGCAAUAAUGAUUCUUUUUAAUAAUGUGUAUAUUAAUGUUAAAUAGUUGGCAUUAGUAGUAGUACACAGGAACAGGUUUCAUUACACUUUCAAACCAAAAGAGUAUUUGCUUCCACUUUGGUGUAAUUAUUGGGCAGUUAUUACAGUACCAGCCUCUGCAUUGUCUCCCAUGUCUUUUAUUUUUAACUCCUGCCUCCCCCUUUUUUAAACUAGGGUAGUUUGUUUAAUGAUGACGGGUAGUUGACGGUGAGCCAGCUCUUUGCAGCAGUGUUGGCCUUAAACACAUCAUAUGCUGUGGAGAGGCGACCCCUUUUUAGAGCCCUACUCCAGAACUCUUUCAUCUCUAUCUAGCUGCUGGGGGACAGAGUCGGUCUCGUAAAAGUGGCCACGAAAAGAUUUCCACAACUGGGCAUCUGACUUCAAAUCUGGGUGAUAAGUGAGAUCUUACUAGACCUUUAGGCUUUGUUGAGUUGAAGUGUAAUGCCAGAGUUAUUCUUAAAUGCUUCCUUUUUAAGGCAGAUUUAGUUUCUUUCUGUUAUUUUAGUGGACUUAUCAGUAUUUGAUAGUUUAUGUAUUUUAAAGUUUAAUGGCAAAAUACAAAGCUUCCAUUUGGAGAGAGAGUGAGUUUACCCCCCCCUCCCCGGUCCGUGUUUUUAUAAUUGCUGGAAACCAGUCAGUCGACACUGCUGGAUACUCUACACAAGUUUAUGUGUCACAUCUGUUUGAGAAUUUUUGUAUGUAUUUAUAUCAUGACAGUUGAAGGUACAGCUAAGAGGAAAUGUCUCGUACUGAAAGCAUGUCCCUUAUGAUUUGCCCUUAAAAUGGCAGUAUUAUCAAAGGUCAAAUAAUGUGGAAUUUUGAUUACUGAGGACGUUUUUAACUGUAGAGGUCAAGAGGGCUACCCAGUGGCUGGUUAGAAUCUGUACUACAGAAACAGUGUCAAAGUUCACCUGUGGGAUGUUUAGUUGGUUAGAUGGUUCACUCUAGCAGCUAUAGGAUCUCCGUCACUGUCAGGCAAACUCAGGAAGGUUACUGAGAAUAGUCUUUUAAAACCAUGUUCAGCUAUUCACACACUGGUCAUUUCUUUGUAAAUAUGAAACACUAUUUUAUUGCCUUUUUACCUGUGGGAGAGGGAACAUCUCUACUUACCAUAGGCUAGCAAUGCAAGAACGAUAUCACCACUGAUGUGGCCGUCCAUCCGAGGAGAGAGAAACCAUCAGAGACUAGUUAACAGAUAAGGCUUGUGUCGCUGUCUUUAAGUUCUCAACACAUCCCAGAGCACGGCUGAACACCAACAGUUUAUCCUUCUAACUAAUAUCUGUGAGCUACGGUUUGACACAUCUUAUGACUCCAAUGGCGUAGAAUUCUAUUGCUUUCCAAAAACAAUUAAACACGUUAAGGAGCCAUACCAUUGGAUUGGUUAGCAAGCUUCUUCAUUGACGUGAACACUGGGUGUAGUUCAUUCCUGUCCUCUGCCCCACAUGGUGCUACUCGUCAGAGACUAAACGUGAAGCCACAGGAGUCUUUGAGGAUUCUUCUCAGUGAAGGAACAUGUCACCCAGUGCAGCUCCACGCCUCUCUUUUGUAUUUUCUUUAGCUUUUGGAAACCAGUUCAUUGGUCAAGUGUUAGCAAUAUCCCAUUACUUCCCAGGAUUCCCUGGUGGAGUGAGUCUUGAGGAAAGCGAGUGAACUGGUUAGUAGAUGUGAACCCUGUUUGUAGUUAAAGGGCUUUUUUUUUUCCAGUGCAGGAACUCUAAAGCACUUGCAGCAGACUGUAGGAUGUGCACACUACAGCAGAGUGGUACUUAGAGGGGCAUUUCAGUGUGGUGGACUGAGUCAAUGAUUGGUGUUUGCUUUACAGUUCACCUGGCCACAUCUGCACUUUGGCAGCCCAGAUGUUUGGCCCCUUAAUUUCAUUGUAUGCAUGCCAACACAGUCCACAAAGGGAAGUGUUCUAAUGUGUACUGGCAUUAAGAGCUUGGAUUUUGAUUCAUUUACCAUCUGUACUUUUUAUUUAAUUUUUUCAAUGUUACAUGUGGAUGGCUGAGCUUGUCCAGUGAGGGUUUGAGUUCAGCAACCAUUAUUAGAAGGCUAGUGACUUUUUAUGAAAACAAAACACUAAAAAAAAAUUAGGAUGAAAGGAAGUGUGUGAUGUCAUUUGUCCUUCUCCAGUUGCCGUAAACAAGUGUGCCUGAAAUAUAUUUUUGCACGACUUUUCCACACGUUGGCGCUUCCUCCUCUAGAUGUGCUGUGUGAUGGAAUAGUUUGUGAGGGAAGCCUUCAUGAGUUCAGACGGCCGAGGAAACAGACUCCGUUGUGAUUAGCUUCAUUAGCUUUUAAACCUGAUGAGUGUGACGUCAUUCUGCUUCAGGAACAACCCGAAACCUGAAUUAAGGUUUUUAUUUGGGUCAAGGUCGUGUAGAUGUAUCAAUGACAUUAAACCAUGUGCUUUCAUUUUUUUAAUUUGACUCCAACCUAAUGUGAAAAACAUUAUUUGGCCAAAUAAUGAUAUGGAAGAUCAUUUUUUUGUUUGUUUUCUGUGAACUUUGUAUGAUGAAUUUGGCAGAUGUGAAGGCAAAUGAAUGUAUAUCUUUGUACAAACCAUUUAGUUCAGAGGACAUGUUAGUUAUGACAGACACAUGCAAGAAAAAAAAUAACCUUUUAUAAAUCUUUUUGUAUUAGAACAUUAACAAUGGUAAUUUUUGUAUAUACGAAGGCUAGGCUUUCUGAUUAGCAGAAAGGUAAAACAUUCCUACAUUUUUUUUUAAAUGUAUGUCCAUUGAGAAUAAUGAUGUAAAGAUAAGCGCAAUGUUUUAUGUGCCUUUUAUUUGGGUUUGUCUAAAUAAAAGAAAAACAGUAAAGCAUGAUUUUGGACUGUCCAUGCUGAGUCCCACAGAGGAGAGUCAAUCCUCUCCAUCUCGGCUGAAUCUCUGGACCGACUCCCCUGCACUCAAGACACUCCCCUAGAUCAGGAGAGAUGUACUCCUUUCUGGUUUUAGUUUCUUUUCCUGGCUUUAGUGGAGGUUUCUGGGAGGCUGAGAUGGUUGCUGAAGUCCCCGGUCAGUAUGAUGGUUUUGAUCUCCAGACUCCUCAGUGUCUUCGGCGGCUCACUGGCUCACAGUUGGCCUGCUCAUGAUGAAAGUGCCUCUGUGACUUAUUGGAGUGGAUUGUGGGGGUUUUGUGCCAAACCAUGGUCUGUACGUGACGAUAAAACAUUUCGGUGUUUAUUUUUCAUUCUUUAACUAUUAAACUUGGAAA